AUGUCCGCCGCCCGCCAGUUCGCCCAGCACGUCCGCGUCUCCUCCACAGACGAGCUCUCCUACUCCUCUUCCUCCAAGGACGAGAUCAACGACACCAUUCAGACCAUCGUGACAGGCCGCAAAUGUUGGAAGACAAUGAAGGGCAAAGGCGAGGUCGUCUGGCCUCCCUAUCUUGAGGCCGCCCUCGUCGAAGGUCUCGAGAAAUACCAGCCCGUCGAGUCGCGGACGGCGCGUGCCUUUGGUCGUUUUCCAAUGAGGAACAAGUUCAUCUCGGACUACAUCUUCAACUCGACCGGCAAGCGUAGGACUCCCAAGCAGGUUGGCAGUCGCCUCCAGCAACUCAGAGACACCGCCGAGGGCAAACGUAUCCUCCAGCUCUUGUCCAGCAGACACAUCGCUAUGAUGCACCCCUCCAAGGCGGAAUCGCCCAAGGACGUCGCGCCGAACAACAGCGCUUCCGACCUUCCCGGGAACACGCCUUCGUCCACUGCACCCUCUCCCCCGCCUUGCAGCUACGUCUCAAUCGACGUCAUCCCAGACAACGGCCUCCAGCAGCCCGCAAGCCUCACACCGCUCACCUCCUACGGUGCCGGCCCGUCCUCGUCAACCUCCCCGUCGCCCAGUUCCACGCCGCGCACGCUGCGUUCCAUCGAUCCCACGGUCACCUUCAUGUCGCGCACCCCGCUGACUGCGUACUCGUCCUUCCGUGUCCUCCAGAACGACCGCCGCGUGCACGAGGAGCGCACCGAGCUUGAGCUCUGCUCGUCCUCGUGCAUGCCCGCGCCCGUCUGGGGUGCGCCCAUGGAGUGCACGUUCCUCUACAAGACGCUCUUUGUCCCGCAGUUCUGGCAGCGGCUCUGCGACUGUAACGACCCGACGUCGUACACGAUCGUCCAGGAAAUUGUUCGCUCGUGCAACCCGUCACAGUCUGCCCAGACGCCCGUUGAGGAGGUCCUGCUGUCUGUCGUCUACCAGUUCAACAGCCCCGCCUCGACGCCGCCGCUCUCCCCGCAGGCGAGCAGCUUCGGCGACGCUGAUCCGUCCCCCUUCUCGGCCGAGUCCAGCCCCGAGGUCGGCUCCGAGUUUGACGAGCUCCUGAUGUACGGCGCGCUGGAAAGCCCGGCCACGGUGCAGACCGCGUCAAGCGGCCACGGCGGCUUCGCCAGCAUCGCUGGUACGCCGCAGCUGCUCCAUCGCGACGACGAGGGCUACGUGAGCCUCCCGCCGAGCCCGCUAAACCUCAACUCGCCGUCAGACUGGAAGUUCGCGGGCGCGCCUGCUGCUGGGAUUGCGCAAGAUCCCGCGCAUGCGGCGCUGUGCGGUGUGGGGACCUACCCUCCCUUCCCCGCUGCCCCCAACUGCUUCGACGCCGCGCCCCUCCAGCAUUAUAGUUAUGAUGCCUAUGCUGCCGUAUGA